AUGGUUCUCUCAACGGCUGAAAAAUCGUACAUUUACGAUUCGCUAGCUGGCGAAAACUCAACCAGAACAGAUUCCAGGAAAACCAACGAAUUUCGGCCUUUGAAAGCUGUAUGCUCGUUUGUGCCUAAUUGUAAUGGCUCCUCUAGAGUGUACAACCCGGAUGGAAUAGAAUGCAUUACCAGUGUCAAAGCAAAAGUUAUCAGAACAAAAGACAUAUCCGAACUAAUAAACGUCGACGUUGAUGUCGAGGGUCAACGAGAUAACUCGACCCUAUGUCUGAAUUUAUCAGCAAUGAUACAGCGUGCGUUAGUCAACAAUUUUGAUUUUGAAGUGCUUCGACUGACAGAUAAAUAUUAUUUCCAACUAUAUGUGGACAUACUCGUUCUUUCUGUUCCAGGAGACUUCAAGAACUCAUCAUACACGCUGUACUCGCUUCUCUCUCUCAUCUCUAUGGGUACGUAUCUGGCCUUGAAGUCUGCCAAACUGCCGUUACUCACAUCGACCACCAACGAUCGCGAGAUUGAGGAAGAGCCUUCAUUCGCAGACGAUUGGGAGCUUUCCACAAACCUGAUACCUGCAGACUCGAAAUUUCAACCAAUGCUGAUAUUCGUAGUUGGGUUGGUUGGAUCGAACGUUCUGGUCGAUCCUUCUCUGGAUGAGGAAGAAGUACUAGAAAGCGGUCUAUGCAUAGGGUACUGCCAAGGGAAUAUAGUUGCUCCAAUUCAAUCAGUGGCGCUGUCCACAGCAGAUGGACAGGCUUUCAAUCGCAAAACACUCAACAAGGCUCUCGAAACGGUGAAGCAAAUUGGCCAGCCUGUGGUAGAAGCCCUUGAAAGUAUUCUCAAUACCGAGGUGGAUGAAUACGGAAGUUUGUUUUAA